AAUGUUUGUGGAUUUAAACCCAUGUAGACCAGAUUUCUUCACGUUUCUAGCGCUAAAGCAAGAUGAGUUGUUUACACUUGGAUGAGGACAGUUUCUUUGAGUGCUGUCAACAUCUGUUAAAGAAAUCCGAGGAGCUGAGAGAUGGCUGGAGCUGGGAGACGGUACAGGGAACACGAGAGGGUUAUCUGAGGAAAACCGUUCUACGCUCCAUCGUUACUGGCUCCAAAAGGAAUCAGGAGAUCGACCAAGAGUUUGAACAGACUUCAGUGGCCACUCCUGAAGAAGCAGAUGAUGAUGCUGAUGAAGGAGCUGUUGAGAUAAACUGCCCUGCGGCUGAAGGCGGCAGCCAUCUUUGUUUCCAGUUUGAGUUUCAUGUGGUUUUCUCGAGCAGCUACAGGACUCCGGUGCUCUACUUCAGGGCCUUCAGUCUCGAGGGAAAGAGUUUGUCAUUGGAGGAUGUGUGGAGCUUCAUUCAACCUAAACUCAGGCUGACAUCACAAGACGCUCUCCUCAACACAAUUACACAACAGGAGCAUCCUCUUCUGGGACAAGCCUUCUUCAUGCUACAUCCCUGUAAAACACAAGACUUCAUGAGACCUGUUCUACAAACUGCUCAACAGGAAAACAGAGCAGUGAACUAUGUGCUGACGUGGUUAAGUGUGGUCGCUCCUCUGGUUGGUCUCGAUGUCCCUCUUGAAUACUGUUCAGACCUGAGACCAGGCUCUAAACCGGACUAGACCUGCCUGUCCUCCACUCAUCUUCACUCUUAAAGGUGAACCAUCCUCCCCUUGGCUCGUGCUAACUCCUCCCCUCUGGUUCCUCUGCUCAGGAGGGGCCACACGGAGCUCUCUGACCCAGGGACGGAGCCUCACAGUCGGGCACAGGGCCAGUCCUUCAGCUGACCUAAACCAGAUGGACCCCCACUGCUGCUUCAGCCGAUGGAGCUGUGUGUGUGUCUAAGUUACACGAGAAACAGAGACAGCUGUACAGACUUAUGUUUAGCUUAUGUGCACUUUACUCUGUUUACUGACAAAUUAUUACAGUCAUGUUUUCCCCUAUGGAGGAAGAAAAUAUACUGUACCGCGUUAUAUUAAAUACACUUUAAUUAGCCUUAAU